CUCAUCAUUCUUGACGUUAUAUUUGUUGUCGGUUAAUUUUGGUAACGGAGCGAAUUUGGCACGCUUUUGAUUCAACUUUCCAAACUCAAAAAGAAUCAAAGACUGUUGACUAAAUAUUUCCUAAAAUCUUGUGAGAUUUUAAUGGCUGGAUUUGGAACUGCAAGCAACUUUCCUUGUAUUCAGAUAUAAUAUAUAGUAAUACAUAAUGAAGUGAUUGUUAUUGAGACCAGAGCUAAUUGUUCUUGUUUAGAGAGGAUAAUUGAUUUGCCAUUUUUGAGUUGAGUGAUGGCUGGCCGUGACGAGAGGACGGUGGAGGAGAAGGCGAUCGACGACUGGCUUCCGAUCACCUCGUCGAGGACGGCCAAAUGGUGGUACUCAACUUUCCACAAUGUGACUGCCAUGGUUGGAGCUGGUGUCCUAAGUCUUCCAUAUGCCAUGUCAAGCAUGGGAUGGGGAGCUGGUGUGACAAUGAUGGUAAUCUCAUGGAUCAUCACCCUCUACACACUAUGGCAAAUGGUGGAGAUGCACGAGAUGGUUCCGGGGAAGAGGUUCGACAGAUACCACGAGCUAGGGCAGCACGCGUUUGGGGAGAAGCUCGGCCUAUACAUCGUGGUGCCUCAGCAAGUGGUGGUUGAAGUCAGCACGUGCAUCAUCUACAUGGUCACCGGAGGCAAAUCCUUGAAGAAGACACACGAAUCCUUGUGCUCCGACUGCAAGGAGAUCAAGCUCACCUACUUCAUCUUGAUCUUCGCCUCCGUCCACUUUAUCCUCUCCCACCUCCCCAACUUCAACUCCAUCUCUAUCGUCUCCCUCGCUGCAGCUGUCAUGUCCCUAACCUACUCUACUAUUGCUUGGACAGCUGCACUUGCAAAGGGAAGUGAUGGUCAUGUGGACUAUGGGCCGAGAGGCGAGAACACAAAGGACAACGUGUUCAACUUCUUCAACGCGUUGGGAGACAUAGCUUUCGCGUAUGCUGGACACAAUGUGGUGUUGGAGAUCCAAGCAACAAUCCCUUCACCUUCCAAGAAACCUAUGUGGAAGGGAGUUGUGUUUGCGUAUGUUGUUGUCGCCCUUUGCUACUUCCCCGUUGCAUUCAUCGGCUACUACAUAUUUGGGAAUGUGGUGGAGGACAACAUCUUGAUCGCGCUCGACAAACCAAGAUGGCUCAUUGCUGCUGCUAACAUCUUUGUCUUUGUACAUGUUGUUGGAGGCUACCAGAUAUAUGCGAUGCCGGUUUUUGACAUGUUGGAGACGUAUUUGGUGAAGGAGAUCAAGCUGAAGCCUUCUUUCUGGCUUCGUUUCACUACUCGUACCAUAUUCGUUGCAUUAACUAUGUUUAUUGGCAUGACAUUCCCCUUCUUUGGUGGACUGGUUGGAUUCUUUGGUGGAUUUGCUUUGGCCCCCACUACUUACUUUCUUCCUUGCAUUAUCUGGCUUAUUGUCAAGAAGCCCAGGAAGUUUAGUUUCUCCUGGAUUAUUAACUGGGUGUUUAUUGUAUUGGGUUUGAUAUUAAUGACAUUGGCACCCAUUGGAGGGCUAAGGAACAUCAUUCUGUCAGCCAAGACCUACAAAUUCUACCAAUAAAUUUGUCUGCUUGUUUUUUGUUGUGUUUGGUUGUAGAUAUCGUUAUUGAUGUUGACGAACAAUACCUAAGGAAUUUAUUUUGUUGGACUAUAUAUCAAGUGUCAUUUGUUGUUGGUGCAAAAUUAAAGUUUCGAGUAGUUUUGGUGUUCUUGUUACUACAA